UUCUUUUCAUUUAAAUCAUUGCCUAAAGCAAUUAUUAGCAAACAUUUUUUAAUUAAACGAGAUAUUUUUGAGGGAGAUGGGAGGAGAGGGAGGGUGUAUAUGUGUAUAGGGGAGGGAGUAUAUAAAGGGGAAGUAUAUAAGGAGAUCAAAUAAGAUAAAACGUUAGUUAAUUAAAUAAAAUAUAUACAAAAUAAUGUUGUCCAAAGAAUCUAAAUUUUUAUUUUUAUUCAUUUUAUUACGACUUUGUUGUGGACAUCCACAAUAUCGCCAAUUAAAAUGUGCAACCCCUGAUGGCCAAUUAAAAGCUGGAAAGGAACGUGCUCGUUGUCAUAUGAUAAUAAAAGAUACGGAAACUGAAAGUCCCGGAAGGCCUGCACCUGAGGGAGAUGGCUGCUUUACUGAACAACAUGGAGAUGAAGAACGUGUUUAUUGUGAUUUAGUUUGCCCCAAAGCCCAUACUGUAUUCCACGCUUCUUUUAAUCACGGACAUCGUGCCUGUUUUAAUUAUUAUACUUAUCAGUUGGAAAAACGGGAGAAUGAUUGGUAUAUAUGGAGAUCAGCAAAUUGUUUAAAUUCAACCGGGACUUGGACUAUUGGGUGUAAAUUUGAUGAACCUUUUAAUAAACAAUUUGCAUCUGAUCAGGAAGUCUUUGCACGUUUGAGAGCUCGGGCAAGAAAAGCACUUUAA